GUUUUAUAGCGAUGAACUACUCCAUAUCAAAUAAAAUUCACACUUUCAUAUUUGACAAUUCUUCAUAAAUAAGUUAUUUAAUAAAAUAAAUUCCGUUUAUUUAAAAUGUGUUUACGGUGGACCUCGUUUCUACUAGUUGCAUCAUGCCUUACCCUGUCGAAAGCUGCGACUACAAUGAUGCCUUUCACAACAACACAUCAUCAGCCGUACGAAUUCGAAAAUUUUGUAUUUCAGUUUGAUGGUACAACAGGAACAAUGACAGUCCGAUCAUCAAACAAGUGUUAUAUCUGGCAGAUUACAACACAAGAGCAUCAACAAAUUCAUACUGACGAUGGUCUCAGAAAUGUAGAGCUUCGAGUUCUAAAGGAGAUGAACAACGCUUACUAUACCGUUGUACCAAAGUCAAUAUUACACCCUACAAUACAGUACGCCUGUACGAAACAAGCAUCUCAUUUUUAUCUUGUACAUUAAAAUAUGUAUAUUAAUUAAAUGACAGUAAAAUUA